AUUAGAAUCUUAGAUUAUCGGAAGACUAUUUGUUUUGUUCUUUUCUUUUCUUUCUGUGUCCUUAAUAUUGCCUUACGGAGUACGUUCCUCCAGCUGUCGCUGCUGGCCGCGGCACCCGCUUUGAAGGGAACCUUGGAAGGGAAGGGACCCCUGGGAACGGCCAGGACAAGAAACCGCCGCCGGGCUGCGUCCAAGCGUGGAGACUACCCCCAUCAUCUCCAUCGUCACUCAACUCCCACCCACUGCUUCAACCCGUGCAAGUGCCUUCAUUCUUUAAACGCAUCUACACACACACAGCGCUUGCCUGCGCUCUCCAUCCAUACCGACACUUUCUUUUGGUUUUUCUCCCUCGCCGGUUCAUAGCGACACCCACCUGCUCGCUGCCGUCGCCGCCGGGACGAAGUCGUUCCUAGACCCGGCCAUGGCCUCCUCAACGGCUGACUCCUCCGCGCCGACUGCGCCGCCCCAGCCCCCAAGCACAUCCUCAUCGCGGCCCACAAGCCAGCAAGCAAAUGUCUCUGCGAACCCCGUAGAAAUGGAAACGCUCCCACCGUCCGCUUCCAGAGCACCUCCCACAGAACCCAGCGACGAAGCCGCAGAUAAUGUCACAGAAUUGCCCCCAACAGCGCCGGAAACUGCAGAAGAUAAAGAGACGGCCGCACCGACCACUUCAACACCCCCAGCAUCUACAGAACCUACGACAGCACCCAAACCCGCACCUCCGGUCCAACCCGAACGCACCGAGUCUGAGGCAAUUGGUCCUUCGACCGACACGCCAGCUGCGAAGCCCGACACCUCCAACGGUCCCGUUGUUGUCAUCACACUACUACUGACCACUGGCGCCCGGCAUCCCUACAAGAUUGACGAGAAAUAUCUGAGGAAGCGCAAUGUCAGCGUGGAUGAUAUGGACCCGUAUAAUAUCAGUGUCUACACCCUCAAAGAGCUGAUAUGGCGGGAUUGGCGAGAAGAAUGGGAACCUCGGCCGACCUCUCCAAGUUCGAUACGCCUCAUACAUUUUGGGCGCAUGUUGGAUGAUAAGUCACCACUGAAAGAAUGCCGAUUCCAAACCGAAGCCCCUAAUGUGGUACACAUGACCGUCAAGCCGCAGGAAGUCGUCGACGAAGAGGACGCCAAGACCGGCAAAGUCGGCAGCAGAAGAGAAGGCGAUGAAGAAACGCAUGCUGGCUGCCGUUGCGUUAUCCUAUGAACGCCGCUGGCACUUCGCUUUUGUGCUGACGGCUGUUCGCUAGAGUGUCCCAUA